AUGUUUGCUCCGACUAAGCGCUGGCGUCGUUGGCACCGUCCUGUCAAUAUUGGUGCUUAUGCAGACGCUGAGAAGGCUAAGGAUAGUAUUGGAAUUCGUCCUGGUAAAGACUUGAGUUUGCGUAAACUUGCUCCUGGUGGUCACUUGGGUCGUUUGGUUAUAUGGACUAAAUCGGCUUUCGAGAAGUUAGAAUCGGUUUACGGAUCAUUUGAGAAGCCAUCGGAGAUGAAGAAGGGAUAUGUUUUGCCUCGUCCUAAGAUGGUAAAUGCUGAUCUUGCUAGGAUCAUCCAUUCUGAUGAGGUUCAGAAUGUUGUUAGGCCGAUUAAGAAGGAUUUAAGUAGAGCUGUGAUGAAGAAUGUUGGGGUCGGAUUUCACCCGCUCAACGUCAGCGUUCAAAUCUUGACCAAACUAAGACUCUUGCCGCCUAAGAUAAUAUGA